CUUGAUCCUUCUGCCGUGCUUGAUCACCGCGCUAUGCUGGAUCGUCACGCCGUGUACAUUCCAUAUGCCGUCCUCGAUCCGGUCGCUGCGAUGGGCGCGGGAUCUGCCGCCAUUUUCUCCAGUCUAACCGCUCCGCUUUGCUCAUUCCUCUGUAUCUGCCCCAUGCGACUCCCGUAUCCGUCUCGCCUUUGGCAGCAAAGACGCCUCUGCUCAUGGACCCGCUCGAAAAGGAAGAGCAACGGAUCGAUCUCAAGGUCCUGCACCAUGUCACCCGCGACGAUGCAAAACGCCGCAUGAAGCGAUUCCGUCGCACCGUCAUGGCCGUGCACGCAAUCGUCCACCAAAAGAUCUACAAGAAGAAGGCCUCCAGCCUGGAGACAUACUUCAAGGACGUCUGGAGCAUAUCGCGUGCCCAGGUCUACCGAUUCCUGGACUGUGCCGUUGUCCUGAAGCAACUCGAGGGGUUCCCCGAUCAACCUUGCCGCGAGCGGCUGUGUCGUUCUCUCAAGCGAGUCGCCAAGAACCGCCAUGAUAUUCGCCGUCUCUGGGAGGCUGUCCUGGCCAGCGUCAACAACGACCAUGAGGCCGUCACCAGCACCGUCAUCAACUCUGUCUGGCAAGAGCUGCUGGCCAGCGGCGAGGUAACCGGCUCCGCCAUCAACGAUGCUCCUGACGAUGUGCUAGCCUCCGCCAGCUCGAACGAUCCCAUUAUCAUCGACAAAGUCCUCCCUCUGGCGGGCGAGCGUGAUGACGAUGGAGACGGCAACGAUCCAGACCGAGACAACGACGACGACGACGACGACAUCCAGAGCCCGCUCGACAGGGCCCUUGCCCGCUCGCAGGCCGCCGCUGCUGUUGCAACGUCGAUCCUGCCUCCCGAGUCCGAGGUUGCGGUCGCUGCCGAGCGCCGCUUUCACGACAUGGAGGCCGAUGUCCAGAUGCCGGGCGGUGUCGGUCUUGGUCCUGGCGCUGGGCAGUUUAUCUAUCAGCCCAUGAAGGAGGAUGCCGGCCCGAGCUGGAGCUGGAGCUACGGGUGCUCCGAAUCGGACCAGAUCGACCAACCCAUCAACGCCUCAGAUAUCGAGCGGUGCGUCGCACUCUUGGAAAUGUUCCAUUCCAAGGGCUAUGUCCUGCAGCCGUCGCUGGGCCCCCAUCUGCAAUGGUAUGAGGGCCCAGUUUACCACUGGCGCCUGACUCCUCUCGACGGAGAGUCUCCCAAGCGAGCAUCGGUGCUCAUAUCGUCCACACCCGCCUGUCCGCCCAUGGCCAUCCCCAAGAUGCCGUAUUCUCAGGUCCCUCCAGGAGCACCGUACUCGCACCAUGGCGAAAUGGAGUCGCUGGAUUCGUUUCCGAACCUGCCGCCCGCCAACCUGAUCGCAGCCCCGCACAUCGGCGGCGCACUCCCAGGCCACCCGGCCAUGGAUUCGGUUCUCUAUCCCGCACCUCAUCCCGCUCACCUGCAUCACCCGCACGAGCCCUUCGACUUGGCCAUGAUCUCCUCGUCUCCGCCGGCGCCCAUGGGGUGGUACUCCACCGAUCCUGCUCCUCGGAUCGAUGGAAUCCUCCCAAACUCGGCCCCUGCUCGUCAGCCCAAGCGCCCCGUCACUGAGCCAGAACGGAUGUCUUUGCCAGGGGCUCCGCAUCCGUACUCGCACCCGUAUCCACUUCCACCACGAUCGCCGGGAUCGAUCUACAUGCUCGACACAGCCACCACGCCGAGCGGGCCGUCAGUGUCCAAUCCAUCGCAGCCGCCCAAUCCUACCGGGUCCCUGUGCUUCUUUACACCGUUGCUGGCCGAGAACAUGGAGGCCGCAGAAGUAGAGACCCUCGAGGGCCGUCUGGAGGCAGCUGCAGGUGCUCCAGACUCGGUGGUCGGCAUUGCCGGUGCCCUCAAGGAUUCCAAGUCGCUCUCCGACAUCAAGAACGAGGGUGCCUCGGACGCAGACACUCUGGCCUGCAUGCCGGGCCAGCCCGACUUCCAGGGCUUUGGGUCCCAGCCGUCUUCGGGGCCUCAGGCCGGAUCGAAUCGUGCCGUAACCGGCGACAAGAACCGAGGCGACCCGCUCUCACGGUUCGGCAACCCGUACUCGUUUGCGGUGCCGCCUCCACAGCACCCGAGCUAUCGCCCAGGCCCUCAGCCGUAUCCAUAUGUCGCCGGGCAUGCGGCUCCCCGCCACUCUUACCACUACCAUCGCCAUGUUCACACGCAGCACCCGUAUCCCCUCCAUCCCCAUUCGUAUGCCCAUCCGCCAACGCCUUCGCCCACCCCAACGGCCCUCUCGACCCAGACGCCAACGUUGGCAUCGGCAUCAGCAUCGGCGUCAGCCUCGUCGUCAUCGUCGUCGUCGACGUCGACAUCUGCCCUCUCGGCCUCGAAUGCACCGGCCAUGCAGCCACAGCCGCAUUCGCAAUUUGGCCACGGCGACGCCGAGGUGCAGUCGGGGACGCUGCCCAUGUUCAAGCAAAAGAAACAACUGUCGCUGGGUCGCUCCCCAUCGCCCGCGGCAAUGUCUCCGCAGUCGCAUCCGUUUGCGACUAUGCAGCUCGAUUUCGGCGGCGGAGGCUCGGUCGCAUCAAACCAACCUAUGCCGCGGGCCGCAGGCAUCAAAUCCGCUUCGGCUGGGCUCGCUGCAACUGCAUAUGCUGGAGGCGGCAACGAUGCGAUGGCCGCCACGACUUUGCCGGACCACUCUGGCUUUUCAAUGUCGAUGGACGCCGAGAUGUCUCACAUGGAGGGCAGCCUCGCCUUCCACCACUAGCGAGCCGCAUCCGCAGUAGCUCUGGGACAAUCAAUUGCUCCAAUGAGGAGCAACGAGCAACGAGCAACGAG